ACAUUUUAGACAAAAUAGCCGGUUUCCUGAAAUGCCGCCUCAGGAUUUGGGAAGAGUAGAUAAAUUUAAUAGCUCUAUGGUUGUUGUAUAUACACCGAUCUCUAAUAUAACCGAGCAGAUAAUGAAUAAAACGGCAUUUGCUCCCUUUUUGAACGGAAAAGAAGUCAUUGGGGCACCAAAUCAACAAUCUAUGGAUAAAAUAAUUUUAGACCAUUUCCUAACUGCAGUGGGAAUCGUCUUUAAUGACAAUUUUUCUUAUAAGUUAAAAUUUUUUCAGGGACAUAUCAUUCCAUUUUUGAAGGAAGAACAUUUCUCAGCUCAUUGCUGGAAUACAGACAGUGACUUUGCAUGUUCACUGGCCAAAUACUGGAAUACAGGAUUUGUGACUUUACAAACUGCAAUUAAUGCUGCUAUUAUACAAAUCGUGACAAAUCACUCUGUGAUGGAAAACUUGAUGUCAGUCACUGCUACAAAUAUGAAGACAUUACCCUUUAUUUCUAAAGACAUCCUUCAAAAUGAGAUGUUUAUUUUCUACUGCUUGCUUUACUUCUCUUCAUUUAUAUAUUUUGCAUCACUCGAUGUUACAAAAGAGAGAAAAACGUGUAAGGAUUUGAUGAAAAUGAUGGGUCUGCGAGAUUCAGCAUUCUGGCUCUCCUGGGGUUUAAUCUAUGCUGGCUUCAUCUUCAUUAUUUCCAUAAUCAUUACAAUGAUCAUAAUAUCUACCCAAAUUAUAGUCAUGACAGGCUUCAUGGUUAUAUUUACACUCUUUUUCUUAUAUGGCUUGUCCUUGAUAGCUUUAACAUUCCUGAUGAGCGUGUUGUUCAAGAAAACUGUCCUCAUCAAUUUGGUUGUGUUUCUCCUCACUCUCUUUUGGGGGGGUGUGGGACUCACUGCAUUUUAUAGGCAACUUCCUACAUCUGUGGAGUGGAUUUUGAGUAUCUGCAGCCCAUUUGCCUUCACUGCUGGAAUGGCCCAGAUUAUCCACCUGGACUAUAAUAUGAAUGGCGUAACUUUUCCUGACCCUUCAGGAGACUCAUAUGUAAUGAUAGCAACUUUUUUCGUCUUGGCCUUUGAUGCUUUUUUCUACUUGGUAUUGGCAUUAUACUUUGACAAAAUCUUACCCUACGGAAAUGAGCGCCGUUAUUCUCCAUUAUUUUUCUUGGACUCAUCAUCUUGUUUCCAACGCCGAAGGACUCAUGAUAAGACCACUGAGAAAGAAAUAGACCCCGUGCAUCCCUCUGAUGAUUAUUUUGAACCAAUAGCUCCAGAAUUCCAAGGAAAAGAGGCCAUCAGAAUUAGAAAUGUUAAAAAAGAAUAUAAAGAAAAGUCUGGAAAAGUGGAAGCACUGAAAGGCUUGCUACUUGACAUAUAUGAAGGUCAAAUUACAGCAAUUCUGGGUCAUAGUGGAGCUGGCAAAUCUUUGUUGCUAAACAUCCUUAAUGGGUUGUCUGUUCCAACAGAAGGAUCAGUUACCAUCUACAAUAAAAAUCUCUCUGAAAUGCAAGACUUGGAGGAAAUCAGGAAGAUUACUGGUGUUUGUCCUCAAUUCAGUAUUCAAUUUGACAUGCUCACUGUGAAGGAAAACCUCAGGCUGUUUGCUAAAAUAAAAGGGAUUCUGCCACAGGAAGUGGAACAAGAGGUACAAAGAAUUUUAUUGGAGUUGGACAUACAAAACAUUCAGGAUAACCUUGCUAAACAUUUAAGUGAAGGACAGAAAAGAAAGCUGACACUUGGGAUUGCCGUUUUAGGAGAUCCUCAAGUUUUGCUGCUGGAUGAACCAACUGCUGGGUUGGAUCCAUUUUCAAGACAUCGAGUAUGGAGUUUUCUCAAGGAACGCAAAGCAGACCGUGUGACUCUCUUGAGUACCAACUUCAUGGAUGAGGCUGACAUCCUGGCUGAUAGAAAAGUGAUCAUGUCCAAUGGAAGAUUGAAGUGUGCAGGCUCUUCUGACUUUCUGAAGAGAAAAUGGGGUCUUGGAUAUCACUUAAGUUUGUACAGAAAUGAAAUAUGUGAUCCAGAAAAAAUAACAUCCUUUAUUAAUCAUCACAUCCCUGAUGCUAAAUUAAAAACAGAAAGCAAAGAAAAACUUGUGUAUACUUUGCCUGUGGAAAGGACAGAUAAAUUUCCAGACCUUUUCAGUGAUCUUGAUAAGGGUUCUGGCCAGGGUGUGGUGAGUUAUGACAUUUCCACGUCAACUCUGAAUGAAGUGUUCAUGAAAGUGGAAGGAAAAUCAACUGUGGAGCAAGAUUUUGAACAAGCAGAGAUGAGAAGAGACACAGAAAGCCUACAUGAAAUGGAGCCAGUUUCCUCUUCUUUCUCUGAAAUGCGGAAGGCUGUGAGUGACUUGGAACUCUGGAGAAUGCAGGUCUGUGCAAUAGCACGGCUCCGUUUCUUAAAGUUAAAACGUGGAAAGAAAGCGCUUCGGACCCUACUAUUGGUAUUUGGAAUUUCACUGUUCCCUUUGAUUGUGGAAACAAUAUAUGAUGCUGUGUUAGUUCAAAGGAGUGAUUGGGAAUUUAAACCUGAAUUGUAUUUCCUCUCUCCGGGACAACUUCCCCAAGACUCUCUUACCAGCCUGUUGAUCAUCAACAAUACAGAAUCAAAUAUUGAAGAUUUUAUACAGUCAGUGAAGCAUCAAAAUAUACUUUUGGAAGUAGAUAACUUCAAAAAUAGAAAUAGCACUGAUGACCUGUCAUACAAUGGAGCUAUCAUAGUUUCUGGUGAACAGAAGGAUUAUAGAUUUUCAGUCGUAUGCAAUACCAAGAGACUGCACUGUUUCCCUAUUCUUAUGAAUAUCAUCAGCAAUGGGUUACUUCGAAUGUUUAAUCAUACACAAUAUAUUCGAACUGAGAGAGGCUCAUAUCCUUUUAAUUAUGUAUUUUUCUGGACAGGGCUGCCAGAAGCCUCCUUGUUUUUACUUCUCACUCUGUGCAGCGUUUCUCCUUACAUCGCCAUGAGCAGUGUCAGCGAUUACAAAAAGAGAGCUAAAUCCCAGCUAUGGAUUUCAGGCCUGUACCCUUCUGCUUACUGGUGUGGACAGGCACUGGUGGAUAUUAACCUCUUCAUUCUUAUUCUCUUUUUAAUGUAUUUAAUUUUCUGCAUAGCAAACAUGGCGAACAUUUAUAUCACAAGUCGAAUAGUGUUUGCAUUGGUUGUAAUUUCGAUUGGUUAUGCAGCUUCUCUUGUCUUUUUCACAUAUGUAAUAUCAUUUAUUUUUCGCAAGAAGAGAAAAAAUAGUGGCCUUUGGUCAUUUUGCUUCUUUUUUAUCUCAGCCAACUUCUUUGACAUCAUUUUAAGUCAUUUAAACUUACCCAUCCUGAUUUUUGGCAUGGUAUUAUUUCCCCCAUUUACCUUGAAUGGAUUUCUAGUUUUCUUGGCAGAGAGAGACCUCGAGCACCAAACAAAAUAUCAAGACCCAAAUUACGACCUGAAUGCAGUUGACUUUCUAGUAUGCCUAAUACCUUACUUUCAGGCUUUGCUAUUCAUUUUUGUCCUAAGAUGCAUGGAAGUAAAGUGUGGGCAGAAAAUCAUGCAAAAGGAUCCUGUUUUCAGAAUUUCCCCUCCAAGCAGAGAGGCUCGGCCGAAUCCAGAGGAACCUGUCGAUGAAGAUGAAGAUGUCCAAGCAGAAAGAAUAAGAACGGCAACCGCCCUGACCACUUCAAACAUGGAGGAGAAACCCAUCGUAAUUGCUAGCUGUCUACACAAAGAGUAUGCAGGCCAGAAGAAAAAUUGCUUUUCAAAGAGGAAGAAGAAAAUAGCAGCAAGAAAUAUCUCCUUCUGUGUUAAGAAAGGUGAAAUACUGGGAUUGCUAGGACCCAAUGGCGCUGGUAAAAGUUCAUCUAUUAGAAUGAUAUCUGGAAUCACGAAGCCAACAGCUGGAGAGGUGGAAUUGAAAGGAUGUUGUUCAGUUUCGAAUAAUCAGGGAGACGGCAUGGUCAAGUUCCUGGGGUACUGUCCUCAGGAGAACGUGCUGUGGCCCAGCCUGACGGUGAGGGAACAUCUGGAGGUGUUUGCAGCUGUGAAAGGCCUGAGGAAAGCGGAUGCCACGGUCGCCAUUUCACGAUUGGUGGAUUCUUUCAAACUGCAUGAACAACUGAAUGUUCCAGCGCAGAAAUUAACGGCAGGAGCCACUAGAAAGUUGAGUUUUGUGCUGAGCAUCCUGGGAAAUUCAUCUAUCCUCCUUCUGGAUGAACCAUCUACAAGCAUGGAUCCAGCAGGACAGCAGCAGAUGUGGCAGAUGAUCCAGACAGCCAUUAAAAACACAGAGAAGGGGGCCCUCCUGACGACCCAUUACCUGGCUGAGGCCGAGGCCAUUUGUGACCGCCUCGCCAUCAUGGUAUCUGGACGACUGAGAUGCAUUGGCUCCAUCCAGCACCUGAAAAGCAAACUUGGCAAGGAUUACAAUCUAGAACUAAAAGUGAAAGAAACUUCUCAAGUGAAUUUGGUGCACACUGAGAUUCUGAAGCUUUUCCCACAGGCUGCACAGCAGGAAAGGUAUUCUUCCUUCUUGACCUAUAAACUGCCCGUGGCGGAUGUUCACCCUCUUUCUCAGGCCUUUCACAAAUUAGAGGCAGUAAAACAGAACUUUAACCUGGAAGAAUACAGCCUCUCCCAGUGCACAUUGGAGAAGGUAUUCGUAGAGCUUUCUAAGGAGCAGGAGGUGGGAGAUUUUGAUGAAGAGGUUGAUACAACCAUGAAAUGGAAACUCCUCUCUCAUUCAGACGACCCAUAAAACCUCAGGCCUAAUCAUUUCUUGUCGAUGUCAUAUAAGCUUACGUUAUAUGUGAUAAUGUGCAUUAUGUAUAAUUUUAAAAAUUGUUAACAUCAAUAUUAGAUAUAUUUUGUAUAUUUUAGUCAAUAAAUGAAUAAAUUU